AUGCUAUCACAAAAGAUCAAGCACUAUCGCCUUGCUUCUGGCCCAGAAGCCAGCCAACCGCCCGAUAUCCGCUCUGAAUCCUUGGAACCAGCCAAAAUCCACACUCAGGCGGGCGCUAACGAGAUCUCUUCUUCCACCAGUUUGCUGGCCGAAGGAAAUACAAGUCCUGUGGACGGCGCAAAAAGACUCUGGGUGCCCUUUUCGCUUCGUCGGACGACUCUCCUCUCGUUCACUGCCUUGUUUGUCGUGCUGCUGUCUGCAUUAGCAACAAUAUGGCGGAUCGCUGAGAAUAAUCAUGGGCUGAGUACCGUCAACCCAAGCAACUACUAUCUCUGGACUUAUGGCCCGACAUUUGUCUUCACCAUUGUCAGCGCACUCUGGGGUCAGGUCCAAUAUCGAACCCUGCAGCUUUUUCCCUGGCGCCAGAUGUCUCGUGGCUCCGUGUCGGCAGCAGACAGUGUCCUACUUGAUUACCUUUCCCCGUGGAAUGUAUCGGCCCUGUUCAAAUCCCUGAAACGUGGCCAUUUCAUGGUCUCAGUUCCGAUCGCAGUAUCACUGGUUAUCAAGUUGAUGACAGUGUUAUCCACGGGCCUAUUUGUUGUGAAUGAUGUUCAGCUAGAGCUUACUAAAGAAUUUCAGGUAUUAAAAGAGUUUAAUGGGAAUAACUUCGACCUAUUUGCUUUAGAUACUCGUACCUACUUCAAAACGUGGGGGGCUGCCCAAUACAAUUUCAGCAACCCAUUAGGGGUUGCAGAUGGGCAUGUAUUUGAGAGUUUUUUCUCUAAUACCAGCCCAACGGAAACCCCUAUAUAUUUGCAGAACACGACAUACCAAGCUACUGUUAAUGUAUUUACGCCUUCGCUUGAAUGCUGGGAGACAUCUGUAAAAACUUUUGGUAACAAAAGUUAUGGCGUUGGACUGCGAAUUGAUGGUUAUGCUAUGGUAAUUAAUGGCGACCGGGAUUUUAGCAAGUUCCCACCAUUGGGGAUGGUACUAGGAGACAGUGACGGCAACACCCCCAGUUUCCCGGCGUAUUAUAACUUCGACCCCGUGAAUAUCACAAGUACCGACUGGAGACUCUGGAUGUACGUUGCGACUUCAAUACACGAAAACCCCAACGGGCAUCCGGUACCAUACCCACUAUACCCCAACGGGACUGCUUACGCCGACAUUAUAGGCUUAAUGUGCAAACUCUCGUACUCUACCAACCGCGGCACUGUUACAUUGACGGCUGUUGAACACCCUGUUAAAAUACCUGGGCUAGUGAACGUCAGCGCGUCUACCAUACUAUACGGGUCCUAUCUUUCGGUGGCCCUGAGUACCGAUCAUAUGGAAACAGAAGAGAUCGCUGAUGGCCUUUUAAAUAUAGACGAGGCCGGCCCCCAAAACAUUUCCGAUAUCAGAAUUCUCACAGACCGAGUCACUAAGUCAAUCCAGGCUCUUGCAGUUCAGCUUACAUCGGAAUACCUAAUGGUGCCUAGUACUAGCACAGUAACAGGGACAAUGGGGUCUAAGGAGACUCGUCUUACACUCAGAAAUGAAGCAUUCUAUGCUAUUAUAUCGAUCCUGGGGUUAUUAGCACUAGUAUCUCUAUUAUUUUGCAUUUUCUUCUUUCCUUCUGCUGUCUGCUCACGAGACCCUGGAUCUAUCAAUGGCAUUGGAACAAUCUUGGCUAAUAGCCCUGAAUUUAUGGAUUCUUUAUCCGGUAUGGGCCAUGCCCCAAAAGAGGAGCUUCGAAAGGCCCUCGCAUCCCAGACUUAUAUCACUAUAGCAAAAGGGGAUACCUUUUUAAUCAAGCAAAAUGGCCCUGAAGUUAGAAAGUCGGCUCUAACUAUACAGCUAUCUUGGUGGAGACCCUUCGGAGCAGCCCCUCUAGCACGGGCUCUAGUCUUUUUUAUACCAAUCUGUCUCUUGGUUAUUCUUGAGAUAUUAUAUUGGAAAUCUCGAAGCUCAGAUGGCUUUGCUAAUAUUAAUACACGCUCAGGCUAUUUAAGCUAUACAUGGAUCUAUAUUCCACCGCUAGUGAUGCUGGGAGUCCGAUCCCUCUAUGAAUGCGUGUAUUUUAGCACAAGAGUAUUCCAACCUUACCAUGAGUUAAAGAGGGGCCAUGCAUCACCUGAGAGAAGUAUUAUGGAUAAUCAGCACCGGAAACUAGCCAUUGUUGGCGUCUGGGAUACUCUUACGAAGAGGCAGUGGUCAGUCAUGGCAGCUGGCAUUGCUAUCCUGAUCGGACCAUCCCUACCUAUCGUUGUGUCAGGUCUCUACAAUGUGUCAAAUGUUGCCUCAGCCAGCAAUAUUACCCUAACCCAGAUGAACAGAGUCACCAUUGGCGACGAGAGAUAUUUUUAUGGCAGCGCGAGCACAUCCAAUGAUGCCAAGCUUGGUGACAUGACUAUUCAAUACAACCUUUCCUAUCCGCAGUGGACCUAUCAGGACCUCUCGCUUCCAAAACUGAAGAUUAACGAAGCCAGCCUUCCAGAUAAAAUGGCUAAUGCACUAAAUGUCAGUGGUUAUUUUGUCAAAGCAGAGGUUCCUGGCCUAAGGCUUAAUAUGGGUUGCGAAGAAUUACCCCCUGAUGCGUACGUCACUGGUCCCGAUCCAGAUAACGACGACAUAACCAGCAUUGUUGUCAAUAUCCCCAGGCUGGUUAAUGAUUGCGAAUUCGAAUCCAACAGUAUAAAAACGGGUCGGGCUAUCUUGCAUGAGAACAGUUAUUUUAGCGGCUUCGCCGCAACGCUUUCACUUAACACUUCAGGGCUACCAAGUAGUUGUCCCACGAUUGCUGUAAUGUAUGGGAAGCUUGGCGGCCCGACACCAGACACAGUCGAAGCGAUUACAGUGAUAACGUGCACACCAAAGGUUGAACAAGUGGAUGUCUCUAUUAGGUUGUCGCUUCCUUCCUAUACCUUCGAUUUAUCAUCUCCCCCGUCCGUCGUACCGGGAUCGGCGACGACUCUAAUUGGCGAAUACAUAGACAAACAGGAACUUGCCGGCCCUGAAGGUGAGAGGAUCUCAGACGCGGUCCUAGAUAUAUAUCCCGGGGAUAAUAGUACGAAUGGUCUACGCCCUCUGUUCAAAAGCAUCAUCUACGGCAAAGCAGCUAUUUCAGCCUCAGCCCUCCUCGAUGUAAACACGUUAAAGCAAGAACUGCAAAAUGUCUGGGGCAUUAUCACUGCUCAAAUGAUCAACAGUCAAGGCAGAGAAGACUACGACGAUCCUUUAGCAUUUUCCGGCAUCAAAUAUCGACCAGUGUACUCUGCCUCGCUGAUUAACCCAUUUAGUACCCGGAUAUCACAGAAUAUGAUCUCCACGCGCAUCUUGCAAGCUAUCCUAGCCACCAUGAUGCUCUGUGGGGCAAUCAGUAUUUUUCUCAUAAACACCCGAGAGGUCCUGCCCAAGAACCCAUUGAGCAUUGCCGCGGCAGCGAGCCUACUCGCUGAUUCCCGUAUCCUCGGCUCUAGUACUACCUCUAACCACGAAAGAUCCAAGGGCAUGAUACCCCCCGGUAGCGAAUGGUGCAAUGACGAACAGCUCAAAGAGCGUGGUGUGUUCCAUGAACAGACGUUUACGCUUAAAUGGUGGGAUGUCAAGGAAAGCAAUGAUAACACCAACAACAUCAGUGAUUCCGAAUCCCAAAGAGAUAGCGCGGUUUUGAAUAAUGACGUCGACGGCUUAAGUGGGAGUACUACCUCAAUACAAUCCAACGCAGCGAAGACUCGAAAGCGAUUUGGCAUCGACGCCGAUGAUAUCGAUGACUUCAAUUCCCCAGUAUAA